AUGGGCAAAGAUAAAUCCGAGAAGCGCGACAAGAAGGAGAAGAAGGAGAAGCGCAGUGAGACAGAUGGCGUCAAAAAAUCCAAAAAGGACAAGAAGUCAAAGCUCAAUGGCGACAACAUAGCUGCUGCGAUCGAGGAAGUUACCAAGGCCGAUGCGAAGUCGAACUCGCCUGCACCAGAGGAGAGUGCGCUGAUGGUUGUGGAUACGGUCGGGGAGGUUGCGAUCAAGCCUGUCGGUGCUUUGGUGCCAUUUGCGAAUCCAUUGGCAGAUGAGAAGGUCACGAAGAAGGUUCUGAAGGGUGUGAAAAAAGCUGCGAAGAAUAAGACACUGAAACGCGGAGUCAAAGAAGUUGUCAAAGCCCUGCGAAAAUCUCCUCAAGGCGCAGGCAAUGUCGUCGUCCCAGGAAUCGUCAUCCUCGCCGCAGAUAUCUCUCCCAUGGACGUCAUCUCUCACAUCCCAGUUCUAUGCGAAGAUCACAACGUACCAUACAUCUUUGUAUCGAGUCGGGCGGAGUUGGGCGCAGCUGGAAACACGAAACGGCCAACAAGUGUGGUGAUGGUCUCAGAGUCAAGAGUUGGUGCAAAGAAGGCAGAGAAGAUUGAGGGUGAUGAGGAGUUUGGAGAGGUCUACAAGGAUUUGGUGAAGGUUGUUGAGAAGGAGUCGAGGACCGUCAGAGUAUAA